AUGCAAAGCGUCGGCCUGGAGUCAGACCCUGUGGAGGCAAUCGGGAGGUCCCUAUCGGAGGAGGCCUGCCAGGGGGGAGUCGAUGUGGGUGGCGAUGUGAGUGGUGGUGUUGAGAAUUCACAAGAUACUGAACAAGAUGCUAAAGGUCCUGGUGGUGGUGGUAUGUGUGGUGAUGUCCGUGCCGAUGUUCCUGUGCGUGAACUUCCCGUCAAGUUGGAGGCCUCGGUGGAGAGCCCACCGGAGGAAGCCCCUCCCCACGAGCAGAUAACCCACAACGACGAAGCAACCAGGUGCAACCAAGUAAACAUAAAGAGCGAUCCAGUCGUCGUCAUAGACAAAGUGGAACGCUGUCUAGUAGUUGAGUGGUACGAAAAUGACAUCAGAAGAGAGCAAAGGAUUUCCUAUAAAAAAUAUGGAAAUGAUAAGGCCAAAUUAAGAGCAAAGGAAUUAAUAGAAAAAUUAAAGGCAGGAAUAACCUUCGAGCAGCUAUACCCAGACAAAGGACCACCCAUCGUUCGAGUGUAUCAGGAUGUGGGUGUAUAUAAAGUGUCUCUGAUAAGGGAUAGAAUUGAGAGAGAAUGGAGAGUUGAAUGGACAGACAAUGAGACUCCAAUGAAGGCCAGAUGGUCAUGCAAAAAGGUAGGUAAUGAUGAGGCACAGAAAAGGGCCGAAACCUUCGCGCAAAGUUUAAUUGAAGGAGUUUUUAACCCUAUUUUGCUGCACAAAGCUACGGGUACGAGAUUCUCAAGGUCAGACAAAACUGUUGUUAAGAUAAAUGUAUACAUGAAAAAAAAUGUGAAGAGGAAAAAUAGGUGUAAAAUACUCAGGGGGGGGGAUAACCCUUCCUUAAUGUUAGGAAGGGGAAUCAAGCACGAGUUAAGGAAAGGAAAAGGGAAGCAUUCAAGUGGUACCUUUGAUGGUUUGCUGAUGGACGGAUCGAACAUGGUUCAUAGGAACCAGGCCUACAGUGGAAGUUCCUUUAGCAAUCUUUUCAUAAAGAGUGAGAGUACCACGUUGGGUGGAAGGACAGAUAGUAACUAUAUGAGGAGCAUCGAAGGGGAAGACGGCAAUGUGGUUUUGCCUGAGGGGACUUACCUUCUGAGUCAGUAUCAUCUCGGGGGGAACACUAAGGGAAGAGGAGGAACGACUGGGAGGAAAAGGAAUUACAAGCCUAGGGGAAAUGGAACGAAGGGGGAAAGAAUUAAAAAGACACCAAAGGAGGGUGCAAAAUUGAGGGGGAAAAUGGCUCGCCGGGUAAAGGACACGAUGAGGGGUGCAAUUCGUGACCCAAUAGAGGACGCUUUGGUAGAUCCAUGCAGAGCUGCUCAAACGAAUGACCCAGAAGAACUGAACCUAUUCAGUUGCUAUGCAGAAUUUGGCAAUGUAGACCCGUCUGCUUUCUCAUCCAAUAGUAAUCACGUGAAGAAUGAGCCAGACAUGUGUGACCCUUUAUGCAUGCCAUACAGCGACAGUGGGGGGAUUCUGUUGAACUGUAGAAAUGGGACCCUAGAACCUGGUGCCAUGAUGAGCAGCUACCUCGUCCUGCCGGAGCAAUAUGAAGGUUACCGGAUGGGGAGUUUUAUGGCAAAGGGGGGGGACUAUUCCUCUAGGUAUGUAUAUGCAACGAGGAGUAAUUCCUACGCGGUGUAUGUGAACGACGGGGUGGAACAUGGGGCUUUGUGUUAUGGUGAUUUGCACCAUGGUGAUCUGCUCCAUGGCAACGCACAGAAUUUCCAUUACGGGGGGGAGGAUCCCUUCGGGAUGAGUCACGCCAUUCGGAGUGAAUACGUUCCGGGGGGAGGCGGUCUGCCCACGGGCCACUGCACCAGCGGAGCUGUGUUGAGAGUAGAACGGUAUAACCCCUACGUGGUGAGUUACGGCGGAGGGGGAAUGGCACCCCACAUGGGAGUUAUGAGGAGGGGGGUAAACAUGGAGGUGAUGCAUAGGGACGAUGCAAAUGGUGGUAUACUUUGCGACGUUGUGGGGGAUCCCCAGGGGGGUAACUUACUUCCCCAGAAGAGCCACAUAAAAAAUAGGAAACCCGUGAGGCAGCGCAUCUGCCAUUUGAGGAAAAUAAAGUGCGAAGAGGAUGGGAAUGACGUGGAGGGGAAAGACUCACGGAAGAGAGGAGAAAGGAACAAGGAGACCAAGUGUUUGCCCGUAGGGGGGAAGAACGUUAACCCUGUUAGCGAUGGUGGAAACGGAGUAGGUGAUCCCCUCCCAGCGAGCCACAACGGAGAAAGAAAAAAAAGAAAGAGGAGCACAAAUAGGAAAUUCAAAGGGGAUGACUUCCUACUCGAUGAGGAGUUGAGUAAAUAUUUCUCUACAUACCACAAUAUUCAGUUAAGGAAGAACCAAAAGGCCCAGAGGAAUGGGGGGGAUGGUGGUAAUGACCACGUUGUGGGUGACUCCAUGGGGGUGCGGAAGGGAAGGCGUUAUAAUAACACCACCAGGGAUGUGCAUGGGGGUGGUGCGCAAUUGAGAGCCGUUAAUCCGCAAGCAUUUGAGGCAGGACAGGAAGGCAACUACGGAUAUAGCGAUGUGGUACCCACCGGGAAAAGCAGCAACAGUGUAGAUGUGAAUAAAAAUGAUAAUGUAUUAGUGAAGGCCAGCAUGAUCCCCGUUGAAAAUGUAGGGGAGAACAUCCACACCGGAGAACCUCCUACCAAACCUCGGAGACGAACGAAGCAUUGCAAAUUUAGUCGAGCUAGCCAAAGUGCUUUAAACAGGGUAGACACGAUUAGCCAAAAGGAGGAUUCAGUUUUUUAUGGUGAUGUAAAUGACAUAAGGACGUCUUACAGCAGGUACAGGGCAAAUGGGAAGAGAGAUGACUCUGCUUGUGGUGGGUUAGGAUCGUAUGCGGUGUCCAACCUGGGUGGUAUGCUAAUCUGCGACUCUGGUUUUGCCCCCCAAUGGAGGAACAACAAUGAGGGCAUUAGUGGUGACGUGGUGAAUGACAAUACGGGAGGGGAUUCGUCUGCAGGUGGGAUUCAUCCAAGCGGUUUGAAUUAUAGGGAGGAUUCCCACACAGAGGAGCGAGGAAACAUCACAGAGCACUUUGAUGAGAAUAUCGAAGUGGACAGCGGAGUGAACAGAAGGGAGAGCGUUGGAGGAAAUGACGGGGGUGAACUGGUGGACUUCUCUCGUUUUGACGUGGCUGAUGGGAAGACUCACCUAAUGAAUUUGAGAAGGACGAGAAGGAGAAGCAUCCCAGUGUGCAGUGACCAGCCCAGUGAGAUCCAUCGUAGGAAAGACAAUUUAAAUUGCUCCUUCGUGAGGAACAACACAAUCGAGUUUGUCGAUAAUCCAAGAGGGUACAGGGUACCAUACGAAUACCAGUCCCGAGUAUUUUACGAGCAUUUCGAGGUUCCGCUAAAUGCACAGAAGGAAUUUGAGUUACAGCAGAGGUACUUUGCGCGUUUGUUCUCUUUGCACAUUUUAGCCGUUGGGUGGAACGCUAACAAGAAUGCCCGUGUGGAAGACUACUUACAGGAGUUGUCCGACCCUGCCUUUCGAUUUCUCACCAUGGGUGGCAUGAACAGCUGUAGGAAUGGCACAAAUUUUGAUGGGUCUCCUAGUGAGAAGAAUAGACCGAGUGGCGAGUUGAAUCGCGGUGAAUUACAGAACGGGGAAUUCAUUACCACUAACAUGUUGACAAAUGAGCAGAGGUCUACAGACUAUUGUUACUUCAACUCCGUGGGCGAUGGCACCUCGAGGGUUAAUGAGGAUGGGUCCGCGCUCAACGUUGCCCUGAAGGAGACGCCCCACUUUAUUUCACCAGGGGAGGAAAUUAGUGGUGGCAUCAUGCGGGGUGAAGUAUCCGAUCUCGAUGGGCAAGUUAACACCUACAAAAUGGACAACUGCUACGGGGCCAGUAACGUCAGGUGCUUGAAUGAACUGGGGGAGGCAAACCAUUUGGGACCACCAAGUGGGGAACCAGAAGUGGGAGACAUGAGCAAGUAUGAGUGUGCGAAUCUUAUGAGUGGCCUAAAUGAUGGGCGCCAUUUUGACGGUUUUGCCGUUUUUGACGACAUGCUGAAUGAGAAUGAGUUUGGUGGCAUCCAUGGCUAUGCGUGUACGGAUGGUGUGAGCGGCAUGGGGGGGCCAUACGACACGUGUAUGAUGAGCAACGUUAACGCUAUAGGGGGGGAAGUGGAUUACCAAUUGGGUAAUUACCAGGGUUCUAACGACUUGGUGUCCGUCAAUGGGAUAGACGGCGUGGCAUGCUUGAACGGAGAAGACAACAACCCGAACGGAGUGUGCGUCAGCUCAGGAGAAGGAAUGAACGACGUAAGCGGGGCCAAUGAGGAAGGUCUGAUGCUACCCAAUUUGAAUUAUCCUGAGGGAAUGAACCCAACGUAUCUGCAUGGAGAACCUAUUGUGAACGAAAAUAUGAAUAGGACUGUUAGUGUGCCUUAUGACCAGGAGGGUAAUUGCUUACAGAUGAACAAAAUUUUUGAUGAGGAUGUGAAGGGAAAUUUAGAAUACGUCCAGAAUUACAUGAACAACGUGGAUGAAGGUUCCUAUGAGGUUUCGUUAAAUGGUGGAAGCGCUUUUGCGUUCCCGAACGAGGUGACCGUGGUGAGUGGCUCCCCAUGGGAAGGGAGAGAAAAGAACGAAGGCACAUUUGAUGCAGUUAACACUGAAACAGUUAACCAUUACAAGAGUUUUAUUGGCCAAACGAGUCAUGUCCCCACGGUGGCUUCCACAGGGGAAGGGGACAGCUACCCCAAUUUACAGAGCAACAUGGGAAUAACUACCCAGUUAGACGCGUUAGCAGCAUGCGGGAGGGAAGACAAUCCUUACGGUGUAGGAAGCAUUAAGUAUGAUCCUUUAACGAUUGGAGAGAAGGAGGCACAGUCCCAAAGAAUGGGGUUCAUGAGUUCGCCAUAUGAAAGGGGAGAUGAUGGGCUCAACGGAGACAAUUUAGACUCAGGGAUAACGGAAGAAAAUGUAGACGUUACGGGGGAAGGAGACUACCUCUACUAUAACGGAUACGCCAAUGGAGGCAUGCACAACUGUAGUGAGGAAGGCAAUUACAAUAUGGUUGAUAAAUCAAAUGAUGACUGUAGCAAUGGUAGUCCACACGGCAAUGGCGACUACCCCCUGCAUGAGAAGGUGCACUACGAAUUUGGACACAUGAUUCAGGUGCUUCCAAGUUAUGAGCAGCUCGAACGGGAAGGGAGCUGUCUGGAUAACGUUGUGGAUAGGCAGGCACAGUCUCAGUUUGACAACGCACAUUAUCGGUUCGGCGUGUGCAGCGGGGAGAAUCAUCCGUCCAUUGGAGAUGUGAUUCCCGGGGAGCAGCACACGGAUGAGCUAAGCGGGAACAGCAACCAUAGCGGCAACAGUAAUACAACUCCAAACAGUUAUGACGCAGCCUCAUGCAACGACGACUUUAAGAAGGCCAAUCUGAACUCCACAUCCAUUUCCACCCCCAUGACAAACAUGAAGGAUAUGAACAACUACGAAUUUUUCGCUAACAGGAAAAUGAUCGACCAACUGAGGUUCACUUCAAAUUCUAGUACCAUAAAUACGGAGUACCUCCCGAGUAACCUUUUAAAUUCCAUAAGCAUCAACAACUUGUCUCCUUCCAAUAAUGUCAAUGAACAGGUGCAGAAGUAG